AUGUCACCAUCGUGGUCCGGGUUCUUUAGCACCCGAUCGCAGCUUUUGCGAGAGCGAGCAUUCCCGACUUGUGAACAAAACUCAACAUGCAACUCUGCAAAUUGUGUCGUCGUCAGCAUCGAGGAUGAAACCCAGUCUGUGAUGGUGCACGAGCAGCAAUCACCGUAUCACGAGACGGAAGGUGGCGUGCUUCGUUUUCCCCUCAGAGUGAACCGCACUGACAACUUUGUCAAUGGCAAUUUCGCUGGCCAAGAGAAAGUCGAUUGCGAACUCUGCGCGCGCCUCGGCCUUCUCUUCGAAGCGGUCAACAUGAACGAUAUCCGGGGCCGAAAUGGACCAAGAUUGCGCUUUCUCCCCAAACGCCCGUUUCACAGACAAUAA